GCCCGGCCCGGGCUCAGUGCCGGUGGCGGAGCCUGCAGUGGCGCGGCGCCCGGGCGGGCUGUAGGCGGCGCCAUGGAGCGGCGGCCUCCGGCGGGCAAGGAGGCGCAGGCGGCGGGCUGGGCCGCCUUGCUCGGCCGGGAGCGGCAGGCUCGCGAGUACUGCCCCGGGGUGAAGAACCAGCCGUACGUGUGCGAGACGGGCCACUGCUGCGGGGAGACGGGCUGCUGCAUCUACUACUACGAGCUCUGGUGGUUCUGGCUUCUCUGGACGGUCCUGAUCCUGUUCAGCUGCUGCUGCGCCUACAGGCACCGCCGGGCCAAACUGCGCCUGCAGCAGCAGCAGCGGCAGCGGGAGAUCAACCUCAUUGCCUACCACGGUGCCUGCAACUACCCUCCGUCCAUGAUGGAUCUCAGGAUGCUGGCUUCCUUCAAGCUGCCUGCCUACGAGGAGGUGGCACACCACCCGACCACCCCGCCUCCUCCCUACAGUGCCAUCCUUGGCGCCUCUGCCAGCCGCCUGGGCUCCAGCACCUUGACGCUGACCGGCAGCUCCGAGAACUAUACCAGCUGCUCGUGUGAGUCCAGUUGCCUGACGUCGCCCAGCAGCACCUCGCUCUCCGCGACCGAGGCCAGCACUCCCAGCGAGGGGGAGGCGGAAGCGGGCGAGGGGGCGGGGGGCGGCUGCAGCACCACCACCACCGGGGGCGGCUGGGAGCCCCGCCCUGCUCCCAAGCACGCACUUUUCUCCUCGAGCGUGGAGCUCUUUGACGGGGACCCCCGGCUGCUCUCUGACAGUGAUGAAGGGCCCGACGUUGGGGAUGAAGGCGAGCACUUCCGGCACCGCCGCCUCACGGGUGACUCUGGCAUUGAGGUGGGGCACGUUCAGGAAGAGGAGGAGGCGGUGGCGGCAGCAGUGGCGGCUGGUGAUGGUGAGAGCGAGGAAGAGGCGGCCCACUUGCUUGGCAAGGGGCUUCCCUGCUCCCCCCCCAGCCCCGAGCCCCGGAGCCUGUGGGGGUGCCAGGCUGAAGGGGACCCUGAAGAAUUGGCCACCGCUGCCGCCUCGCCUACGUUGCCUGUCUGAAGGGGACCUGCCCUGCUUGGCUGAUGUCCCCUUCCCUGCUUCAUGGGGACUGCCCUUCAUGCCACCUCCAAGACUCUGGCGCUGGUGUGGCCUUCGUGCCAGACAGUGGAGUGGGGGUGGGGGUGAGGGCUUCCGCCCCUGCAGUUCACUGUGGAGAACGACCGCCUUAGCACCGACACUGCCCUCUGCCAGAUCUCACGCUCUGCCUCUCCUCCCCCUGCCUAGACCGUGUGUAGUGCCACCCCACCCACCCACCUGUCCCCGCCAGCUUUGUGACCAAAGGUCUGCUUGUCCCUCUUCCCUCGGGUGCUGGCUUGCGAGCCGGCUGUGGACUUGGGAUCCCAGUGCCUCGUAGGCCUGGGAAGGGGAGGGGCUACCUGCUGGACCGUAACUGCUGUCACGGCUGUAUGUCUGUGUGCCCCCUGCUGUGCUCCGUAACCUUCGGAACAAGGUGUGGCUCUUCCGUGAGCCGGGGUGGGUGGGGGCUGACUCCCUGCUCCCUCUCCCCUUAACAUUUGCACUGGGGUUGGGGUUUGCUGGCUACGUGACCGAGAUGGUUCUUGCUCCCUGAUCCAACCGGGCUGGGAGUGGGGAGCUGGUCUUCCCCCCUUCAGGCUGCUAGAAGCAGCUAGUGCGGCCCGUCCCAUCCUGGUGCCUGGUGGCCUACGGAGGGGAGGGGCUCUCCACACGCCGUUGGGGCAGCAGUAUGGGCUUAUUAUUAAAGAGAUGUGGAAAUCCCUG